UUCUGGGCAAAAUUGUGUUUGUGUCCCGAUGGUGACAAAAACGUGCCAGAGAGCAAGGGGCCCACAGGAGAGGGGAAGUUUGUGGUCAUCGACACCUCCGACAUUUUCUACUCGAUCUCUUGUGCCAAAGACAAGCAACGCAACAUUGAAAGCUGCUUGGACCUCCACGUCCUGCUGCUGAUAAUUGCCAUCAGCUGUUAUAAGGCGGAGGACAAGGAGGCAGUCACAGGUAUCCAUGAGCUGUUUGGAGCCGACGCCAAGAAGUACAUCAUUACCGUUUUCACUCAGGAGGAUGAUUUGGAGUUUGACGCCCUGCAAGCUUACGUCAGUGGGGAGGGGUACCUCCUGGAGCUGGCUGAAAACUGCGGAGGCCAAAACUGUGCUCUGACCAACGGGGCAAGCGAGGAGGAGUGGCCCAUCAGCACUGGACACACAAACGGACCGUCUCUUCCCUUGGCUUCAAUACAACUACACUCUCUGUUUUCUAACUCCUUCCCUUGUGGGCUACGCCAGAGAUUCCUGAGCUCUCCUCGCGUGGCCUCUGAAAGUUGGCACCUUCAGGGCAUGGUUCUAGGCUUUUCUCAACUCUGCCUUCCAGCUCCGAGCUCCGCCGAUCGCUUUCCCCCAGGGCAAGAGGAGAAACUGCUUCAGGCCCCAGGAUGUGAGCUGAACCCUGGGCCACCGGAGCUGAAGGUCCUGCUUGUAGGCAAGCGUGGAGCUGGGAAGAGUGCAGCUGGGAACAGCCUUCUGCGGAAUCGAGUCUUUAAGACCAAAUUCAGCGAAGGGUCAGCCACCCAGAGGUUUGUGUCUGCGAGCAGAAUCUGGAGAGAGAGGAAAGCUGUGAUCACUGAUGCUCCAGACAUCUCGUCUUCAAGGGACCUUAAAGCGGAGCUGCAGAGACCUGCCCUUGGGUGCCCCCUCGCCCUCCUGCUGGUAAUGCCGCUGGGCUCCUUCACCGAGAAAGAUAAGGCGGUCCUGGACGACCAGGCCAGAUUCGGAGACAAAUUUGUGAAGUACCUGAUCAUUCUCUCCACCAGGAAAGAAGACCUCGGGGAUCAGAAUCUACGGAUGUUCCUGAAACACAGAAAUAAAGCUCUCUACCACCUCACUGACGUGUGCAGUGACCGGUACUUCGUCUUCAACUGCUGAGUGACGAGGGAAGAGGAACAGAGCCAGGCAGACGAGCUCCUGCAAACAGUUGUGGGAUUGCAACAGAAUGGGGGCAGGCCCUGCAGCUUCACAGGGGAAGAGACCCUGAGCACUGUGCUAGUGGGGAGGAGCGGCACUGGGAAGAGCGCCACCGGGAACACCAUCCUUGGGGACCUCGACUCACAGGGGGUGACCUCGUUGUGCCAGAGCAGCAAGAGGAUGGGGGCAGUGCAGAUGGUGGUUGUGGACACGCCUUCACUCUACCUGACGACCAGUGCGGAGGGAGGUCUGUCCCAGCUGGAGGAGGAGGUCAGAGGCUGUUUGUCCUGUUGUGAAGAAGGGAACAAGGUUCUGGUCCUGGUGUUCCAGCUGGGAUGGUUCACUCAGGAGGACAAAAGGGCAGUGAAGGACUUGGAGAGCAUUUUCGGAGAGGAAGUACACAACGUGCUGUUCACUUGGAAGGAAGAUCUUGAGUCAGGGGCUGAAGAGUAUGUGCAGAACACAGAUAACAAAACUCUUAAGAACAUCAUUAAAAGGUGUGUGGGGGAGGGCCGAGUCUGUGCUUCUAAUAACAGAGAAAUGGGCCAAACCAGGGAAAACCAGGCAACAGAUCUUCUGGAAAUGGCUGAUAAGCUGAUAAAGAGCCACGGAGGGCAGGGGGUCCCCACGAAUGGGAGAAAGUCAGCAAAAUCAUUAAAAAUGCCCAGGAAGGGGACACCUGGGUGACUUAGUGGGUUAAAGCCUCUGCCUUCAGCUCAGGUCAUGAUCUCAGGGUCCUGGGAUCAAGCCCCGCAUCGGGCUCUCUGCUCGGUGGGGAGCCUGCUUCCCCCUGCCCCUCUGCCUGCCUCUCUGCCUACUUGUGAUCUCCGUCUGUCAAAUAAAUAAAUAAAAUCUUUUUUAAGAAAUGCCCAGGGAAAGCACAAGCCCACAGAUUUACUGAAGAAUUUGAAGGAGAUUUUAUCGUAGGCAGCAGACGUGCGUGGGGGUCUCUCUAAGGUAGAGCCACCCUCACUUGGGGACGGAACGCGGUAGGGCUGGUGGGGUGGGGGAAGGCUCCAGGACCCUGGCAGGCACGUGCAGCUCAGCCCAUGUUGCUUCAGCUCUUUGUGGGUAAACAAAUCAUCAGGUUCCUCUCUAAAGGAGAAAGAAGAAAUUAGGUGGGGGAAUUCCAGAAAGAGGCUUCAGAGAUUCGGUGAUUUUGAGGGUCAGAAUUAAGUCACAUGAAUCACCUCACCUGCGUCCGUAAAGUGGCUUCAGGACAGACAAUGUGACCAAGGCCAAGGCCAGCCUGGGGUCAAAUACAGAAACCUGCCCAAGGACGGGGGGAUGCAGAUCCAGACAACUCCUGGCAUGGCAGAAUGGAGAAGCUGGACUCAUGCAAACCUCCGCGAGCCCCUGCUACACCCCCUCCCCCAAGAUGACUCAGGGCCAGCAGGUUCCUUUCCUCACCAAGGGGCUGUUCCUUAGUGCUCCCUUCUUUCCAGGCCUGAAUGGAAAGUGGGACCCUGUCAACUCUUCUUUCUUGUCCCUUAGGAAAUAAACAUGAGUCUGGGAGGUUUCAAAAGACUUUAUUGCUAAUCCUCGCCGUGAAAUAGAGCAGGACAAAACUCAGACACAUGGUGAAAUUGCCAAGAUUAGCCAAUAUUGCAGAUUUCCAGAAUUCUUUUUUUUUUU